CGAGGGCGGAAGCGCGGACCACUGAGGGCCGGUUUCCGGCGCCAGGGUCGCUGCUGCCGCCUCCGCGCUAUGGCGGCGCUCGGCAGGCAGGUCUUUGACUGGCACCGCCUGAUCCCCCUCACCUGGGCGCAUGUUGCUAGGCAGACUCCUCUCGGAGAACAGAAAAGGACGUCUGCAUCGUUGUUGUGUCUACUGACCACAGCCUCCAAUGGAGGGGGCCUCCAGAAGGUAUCCUGCGUGGAACCCAAAAAGUAUGUGGGGGAACCAGAGUGCAGGACAGAUCUCACCCCGGACCCCCUUGAGAAGCAGAGGACUCCUGUGGCUGGAGGGUUCUUAGAGCGAGAGAACGUCAUCAGUGCCCUCCUGGACAUGGGUUUCAGUGACAUCCACGUUAAUGAAUUGCUCAGUAUGUGGCCAAGUGUGCCCCCCCAACAGUUGCUGGACAUCAUUUCAGAAUUAAUACUCUUGGGUUUGAACCCAGAGCCUGUGUAUGUGGCCCUAAAGAAAAGCCCUGAGCUGCUGAAGCUGCCUAUAAUGCAGAUGAGGAAACGCUCCAGUUAUCUGCGGAAGCUUGGGCUUGGAGAAGGGAAACUCAAGACGGUCCUUCUCUGCUGCCCUGAAAUCUUCACCAUGCACCAGAGGGACGUCGACAGCAUUGUCGGAGUUCUCAAGGAGAAAUGUCUUUUCACGGUACAGCAGGUGACCAGGAUUUUGCACAGGUGCCCGUAUGUUCUUCAGGAGGACCCCGGUGAACUGGAGUACAAGUUCCAGGAAGCGAGCACUGCAGUCGCUCAGCGGCUGCGUUGCUCAGCGGCUGUCUCGCUCCGGGCGUGCUCGGUCCCCCCGCUGCUGGAGAACUCGGCCAGCGCUCUCCACCUGCGCUGUGUUCCCGAGCCGCCGCUACUGGGGACCCCGCACCGCCAUGCCGAGUGAAGACCUCACCUGUUCCCACCCUCUGCCCACCCACUCGUGUGUGUGUGUGUGUGACAGGAAACCAGGCCCUGCCCUUGACUGCUGUGCCCGUGCCUGUCCCCUGCGGUCCACUGCGCAGACACAUCUAUCCCUCGGGGCUGCUCUGAGCCUUCCCGUCCCUCGAGCCCCAGAGCCUCCUGUGGCUAAGCCGCCACCUUCUGCCUGGCACAGCAGUCCCACGGGCUGUGCUGGCUGAGUGCUUCUCGGCCCUUGGCGUCUAGAAUGUGCCGCAUAGGAGACAUGGGUCCCCAGUGCCUUUGUCGUCUGGCAUUAUCGCAGAAUAAAGGAUAAAACAGAAUAAACUUCCCGCAUAACCUGUUGAGUUUCAAACCAUUCCAGGAGGAGACUCUUCUAACACAUGAUCGGUAUCUCCCUAGCGUGUGAACUCCUGUAUCGGGGCAUUUGGCAUUUUCCUAGAGGCAGAUGGGUUCCAGGGGGGUGGGGGCUGGGGAAGGUCAGGGCUCUGCCCUCCUCCAGCCUGACUCUGCGACCCUGGGAGAGUAACUUCCAUCCCUGAGCCCAGUUUUCCCCUCUCGGCCAUGCACCAGUGAUUGUGUCUGACCCACCUCAGCAAGGCAGGGUCCCUGGAGGGAGAGCCUGGACCCCAGACCGACGUCCUCCCUCCCCCAGGACAGAAAACUCACGGGGGAAGAGGAGCUGCCUCCAAAGAAGGUCACACGGUGCCAGGUGGCUAUGAAGACCCAGGUGGCGGAGAAGUCCUGGAGCUCGGGGAAGUAGCGCCUGACGUCCUCUGUGGCUCUGCGCAGCGUGGCAGGGUCAGUGGCCUCCCUGUAGUACACAUCACCUGCACGCCGAUUGUCCACGUCUGCCCAGAAGGCUGCCACCACGCAGCGGUCCUUGGCGAUGGGGAAGGCCGCGGGGGUGAACUGAGAGACCUCCUUCAGGAAGGAGACGACUCCGUUAUUGUUCACCUGUCAGGAAGCCAGACGGGGGGGGGGCCAAUGGGCACCUGGGGACAGGUGGGUGGGCCCGGCGGCCUCCCCUGCCUCACCCGCCAGGCGCCCUCCAAGGGGGAGCCGGCCUUGAACCGGGCAACCCUAGGACGGCCUGACAGUUCCUGGUCCCUGAUAUGGGACCCCUCGGCCCGUCCCAUCCCCUUGCGGACAGGCUGUGCGCUCAGGCACAGGCUCUGACCUGUUUGCUCUACCUGAUGCGCCGCACGGCGCCCAGACCUGGGCUGCUGCUGUGGGGUCAGGGAGCUCCCGCUGUGGGCCCUGGCCUUGGGCAAUUGGGGCGCUCAGGGUCCUGGGUCCCACUCUAACCAGGCACCUUGGGAGGCACAGUAGGCUGCCAGCCUUGGAUCCAGAUCCGGACAGGUGAGCUGGAGCCAUGUGAGGUGGGCUGAGGGGAGGCCGGAAAGGCCUGGAUGUCUGGUUGGUGGGGAGGGUCUGUGCUCAGGACUCCAGACAGUAGGGAGCUGCAGAAGGCUCCUGAGCAGAAGGGGGGGUGGGGGGCGGCAGGCAGCGUCUGUGCGGUAAGACGCAACUGGUCCCAGUGCAGUUAGCCGUGCAACCAGGAGGCAGUUCAGCCUUCACCUCUCUGUGCUCUGGGUUUUCACCUGUGACAUGGGGAUAACACUAGUUAUUGCCUCCGGGAUGCUGGCAGCCUGGAACGAGUUAGUGAGCACAGAGCUGGGCCCUAGACUGUCAGGAUUUGCUCCUGGGAAGCUCGUGGUCAGAACUAUGCUUUCAGAAAAGACUCUGGACUUGCCCUUUAGGUGAGGGUGGCCCAGGAACCCAGAGAAGCACAGCUCUCUUCUUAAAGGCACCGAGAGCGAUCGAGCAAGUGAAGUAUUUCAGGGCUUGGAUUUCAAAUUGAGGACAGGGAGGGACUGAAGGCGAGCCCGGCUCUCAAAGCUCCUUCCCGCCCAAGUGAGGGCACCUGCACACUGAGGAGCAGUGGCUGCAAACAAGACCUAAAGUUUUGCAGCCUCGUGGAGGAACAGAGAGAGAGACGUCAAAGCUCGGCGCUCACUUGGGGUUGGGGGUAAGCCCCCACACUAAGCUGGGUGAACUUGAAGUACACAGUCCUCAUGUGGCCUCACGCUUUGCCAUCCCCUCACCCAAGAGAUCCAGGGCCCCUCGAACUGGGACUCGGAUCAAGGCUCGGAUUCUCGGUUCCCAAUGGAUAGCAUCCUGAGGUUCCAGAAGCAAAGAAAACCCUCUCUGGUGGAAGCUGGCAUCACCUUAGGCCUCAAGCUAGUCCUGUAAAUAAUUGUUCAAGUACAAAACCCAGGUCACAAAGAUAAUUGGGCACAUAAGGAAACAAGGUACCACUCACAAGAAUCAGCAGAAAUGCAAGAAACAUUGGAUAUCAGAAUUAUCAGACCAGAGACUAUAAAGUGACUAAGUUUACUGUGUUCCAAGUGCAAGCUUUAAAUUUCUUCAAGAGAAUGGCCAAAACAAUCUUGAAAAAAGAACGAAGUUGGAGGACUUAUACUUUCUGCUUUCAAAACGGACUGCAAAGCUGUAGCAGUCAAAACAGUGAGGUCUUGGCUUAAAGACAGAAAUACAGACAAAUAGAAGAGAAUAGAGAGCCCUCACAUAUAUGGGCAAAUGAUUUUCAUCAAGGGGGGGCAACAGAAAGGGCAGUCUUUUCAACAAAUGGAGCUGGGACUACUGGACGUCCACAUGCAAAAGAAUAAAGUUGGACUCUUACCUCACCUCAGAUACAAAAAUUAACUUAAAAUGGAUCAAAGACCUAACCAUGAGGGCUAAACAUAUAAAGGUCA